CCAACAUACAUUGCUCGCUAGACCGGCCGAGCCGCCCGCACCCGUCUACUAUGGGGUCAACAACUGUUGGGGGGAGCGCCCUCGAUGCAUGUAUUUACAGUUAUUUACACCGAUCGUUCCUAAUUCAGUAGUCUGCCGCUAUGCUGUCCAACCUCGUCCUUUCCACAACAACCAUCUGAGCCAACUGCCAACCAUCCAUACCCAGCAAGCUCAAUGGUCGUAUCCAUUACGGGGGACACACCACCCCAGUCUAGGCUCUGGGCUCUGGCCGAACGCACCUGGAGCCUACCAUGGACCACCGCCUCCGUGUACGGCGCCCAACCCGGAUCAAGGGCAAAGUUUGCGGCGGCAACGUCGGCAUAUGCAUGGCGAGCCUUCAAAUGGUCCAUCUUCCGCUGACGAGCCACUGGCUGUCAGUGGUCGAUCACCAAACACUUACGGUGCCAUAGGCACCCCUUCCCCAAGGACAGGGCGAAUACAGGCACGUUGGGCUAUCGAUCACCAAACGGCUGCGCUUGCCUUCUGGCCAACAAAUUUUCAACUCCUCUGCAUUACUCCAACCCAGUGAUGUAUCAAUCAUACCAUGUCAUCCCUGUUAGACUGUCCAAGCUCCUGCACACACCGUUUUCCAUUAUGCUGUGACGACUCGGCGUUAUUGCCCACCUGCUUUGGGCAGCUCCGUCGUGCUUAGCCCUGUAACAUAGUUCGAUGCCUGUAUACACCGAAACUUUGUCAAGGAUAUGUUCGUUGGCGUUCAUGCUUCCAGGACUGGGUGAUGAGGUGCCAGAUAUAUGGACUCUGCGAGGAAGAACAUAUAAGUAUACUAGUUCCUUCUUCCGGGGGUCAGAUUACCAGAAUAUAUACCACAUGGUAUCGUCAACUCUCGGGCUAUAUCGUGCCUCACGCUGCCAACGAGUUUUCGCGUACUGUAGGAGUUCCUGGCUGUAUAUCACCCACAUGCUCACAGAAUUACC